UUAUAGAAAUUGAUGAUGAUAUCAGGGUAAUAGAAUAUUCAUUCUAUAUAUAUUUAUCGUUCCUAUGUAAUUACAUUAAAAAUUCUAUUAUUAAUUUUUUCUCAAUUUUAAAAAUAAUGUUUACUGUAUGUUAACAAUAUAAGGGAGAAGAUAUAUUACAGUUAUACAACGUUUGAAGUGCUGAUAUUUAAUCUAGCACAAUGACUGAAUUCCAAGUUAACGAUGAUUAUGAUCAUUUGAUAUCUGAUGAAAAAAACAAACUCACAGUAUUUUGUACCAAAUGCCCUUCUAAAAUUCUUUCCUCUACUACUGGAAAACAUACUAAAAUUGAAUUCAACCUUCCACACAUGUCUCAAAAGAAAGAUAGUGAAUCUGUUGAAUGUGAAUUGUUGUCUGAUUAUUGGUUAGUACCAGAUAUGUACAUGUUUGAAAAUAUUGGUUUUUCAAAACUUGUUGAAUCAGGAUUUAAAUAUUUAAUAUGUGCUGAUUGUGAAAUUGGACCAAUUGGGUGGUAUGAUGAUAAAACUAAAUAUUCAUAUAUUGCUUUGUCUAGAGUUAAACAUUCAGAUUAGUAUUAAUAUGAUUUUGAUAUAAUUUGUAAGUAUUAUAAAUGAUUGAGUAUAUUGUAAAAAAGAUAAAAUUUUAAGUAUAAUUUAUAAUUUUAAAGCUCUGUAUACUUUUAAAGUUUUACAUAUUAAAUAGUAUAUAUUUAUUAUUAUUCAUAUAAAUUUAAAUUUCUGAUUAUA